AGAGAGCAGAGAGCAGACAGGUAUAUCAUGAUCUGCCCCUGUGAGACUCCCUGGAUUUUUAGUUACUUACGGUUUUAUUUUGAAAUUACUUUCCUUGUUGUGUCCAUUAUGAUUUUGCUUCCUGUCCUUGUGUGUGUUUUUUCCCUGCAGCAUUUCACCCCCUCACCUGUUCCCACUUCGCCAAUCAGCCCUGCAGCCACCUGGUCUUUCACCGCCUGUACUUCAUCCCAUAAUCAACCUGGACUCUAUAUAUAAGUGUCUGUCUCUGUCAGUUUUGUCUUUGUCUCUAUUUCCUUGAGUUACUGCAAGUGUCUGCUUUUGGAUUUCACCUGUGUGAGUUCCUGCUUCUACUGUGUUUUGAGUUUUUCUAGUGUUUCUGACUCCAGCAUGUGUUUUGGCCUACCAGUGUUCCUCCUGUUCUCUUCAUCUGCUUCCCACCGGAUGGUUGUGCACAGGUAUGCGUGGCGGUGCGGACGUCCCAUCCUGACAGGCGCUGCACUGCACCGUUCCGACGUUUCUGUGAGCAACGCCCCCCUCCCGCACCUCUGUCACCGGAGCCUGUACCUGCCCUCUCUGCUCCUCCUGCGGUACAAAAGCUCUACGCAUGCGAAGUGACUUUCCCUUUUUGGUGUAAGCAAGACACAAGCCCAUUUCCAAUCAUGGCGGAUGAUGAUUUCACUGUUGCGGAGUCUGGGGCUUCGUCAACAUUCCCCAUGCAGUGCUCAGCACUGAGGAAGAAUGGCUAUGUCAUGCUGAAAGGACGUCCCUGUAAGAUCGUUGACAUGUCUACCUCUAAGACUGGCAAGCAUGGGCAUGCCAAGGUUCACCUUGUUGGACUUGACAUUUUUACUCAGAAGAAGUAUGAAGAUAUUUGCCCAUCCACCCACAACAUGAAUGUCCCAAAUGUAACAAGGAAAGACUACCAGGUAAUUGAUGUCUCAGAUGGUUAUAUCGGCCUAUUGGAUGACAGCGGAGAAACCAGAGAGGAUCUUAAAGUGCCAGAUGGUGACCUGGGUAAAGAAAUUGAGAAAAAGUUCAGCAAUGGAGAACAGUUUGUGGUCACUGUGAUGAAAGCUUUAGAUGAAGAGCAUGUAGUUGGCACCAAGGUCUUGACUUAAGUCCAGGACAGAAGUGGAGACCUCACAUUCUUAUCAUCCAUUAUGGUUUAAGCCUCACCAAAGCUACUGGCCUUCACCCCACAUCUCCACCAGUUUCCCUGCUGGUCAAGUGAAAUCGGGAAACUGGACUGGCUCAGCUUCUUCAACUGUACCUCAGGCUCAGGGCUGACUGGCAUUCUCUUCAGUCAGUGAAGUUAUCCACCCGUAGUCAUCACAGCUUAACUUUGCAAAUGGUACUUAUUUCAUUCCAAAAAUUCUUUAUAGUAUUCCAGCAAUUCAUAACAUUCCUUUUACAGUAUGGGUAAUAUUCUUUUUUUUUUCUCUGUGUGCAUUACUUUUUAAAUCACUCUUGUUUUUGAGUUGGCUGCAAACAUGUACUCCAAGGCUCAUUUACAGUGAGGAUGCUGCACCUUGUGUUUAACCUAAAUUCUCCCCUAAAUGAUUUUAUCUCCAUUGACAUCACAUCUUAAGCAAGCUCCAGCUCUACUUGUACACAAUUCAGAGGAAAAAAAACCUAGCAUCAUUGAUAGCCUGAAUAUGCCUUUCUGCCUUUGACAAUUUACACAUAUGCAUUCACAUGCACACUUAGAAUUGACUUAAACAUGGCAUAGCAGUUACAAAUUUAUAACCUAACCCAAACAACAAAAUUUAAUUUACUCUGCAUCUCAGUUGCAGAUCUCGUGUCAAGCUUUCUACUGCAUCUAGCCAGGUCUCAGUAAGAUAGGCCUUUCCUAGCAGGGAACUCUGCUGUCUCAGCUGUUCUGAAGCUGAACAGGCCUGGACAGGGGUGGUUGGGUGGGGCCAUUUUCCUCUUCUAUGCUAUGAAACUUUUUCCUUUCACUUGAGGCCUUUAUGAGCUGACAAAUGUAUAGAAAAUGAUUUUUGAAAGAACAAAACACUGAAAACAUUUACUAUUAUAGGCUUAAAACAAUUUUAUCUUGAAGCUGAAUUUCAAUAAUUAAACAAAUUUUGCAUUAUUACAGUGCUAAAGAUGUUGGCGCUUCUUGGCACACAAUAGUGGAAAUGGGAAACCAUUUUAAGUCUUACCUGGUGUAGCUAAACCUAGGCAGUAGUUCUGCUGCAGGUUAUCAAAGUCCUGUUGUGAUCGGAUACAUUGGUGCGCAAGAACAGAAAAGAUGAGUGCUACCAGGUUGUGGGUGGGGGAGUUGGGCUAAAGUGGUUGUGGAAAGUAAAUUUGGGGGUGGUUGGUCUGUUAAAUGGGAUUUUAAGGGUUAUUGUGUUGAGUUUGUACUCUAUAAGAAAUUGUGGCUCACAUGAAUUUCUACAAAAUCAUGCGGAAUGGUGGUUGUUCUGUAGGUUUCCAUCCACACACAUGAAAAAGUCAUUGGGAGACAUCAGUAAUAGCAAGAAAAUCAGAAUGUGUUUACAUGCACUGCGUUAAUGUGGUUGCAGAACUUGCAUUUACAUGCAGGUAGUCAAUUUUCUCCCCUACCUCCUACUAUAACCUUAAAAAUGAGUGGUGUAUUUUAAGUGUAUUAGCAGUAUAUUUGAAGCACUGCAGGCUGUUUUUCCUGUCUUCAGAUCAGAGUGUUGAGGAUUGAUGGAGCAGUGAGAGGACAGACUCUAGUGACAAAAGCAGUUAUUCAAGAGUGCAUGUGUUAAGAAAUGUAUAAGUAACCUGCUGUUCUGCUGUGGAAUUAUCUCAUUUAGACCUGUUUGUUUUAGUAUUAGUUUUAAUCUGACUUUGGAUUUUUGCUACAAGGAUGCACUAUUAUGAGUUAUACAAUCUUUCCACCUUCUGCACUUCUGUUAUAGCAAUAUAGAAGUUUUAGUCAAGAACCUGUGCUCUCAUAAAGGAUAGAAAUUGAGUUAAAUGUAAACAGGUUAAAGAAAUCAGAUUUUUCCUGUUUACAUGACCUCAGUUAACAAUAAUCAGAUUAGUGCAGAGCCUGUCAAGCUGGAGUGUGACCUUUGAUAGUGUCAUCAGUGACAUCGUCAGAGUAAACCAUGCUACUUUGGUAACAGCAAGUGCAGUUUAAAAUAAAUGGAGGGUUAGGGUCCCAACAACUGCUAAUCCAAAUAAACUUCACAGUUGACACUGCAAUGCUUGUUUGAAGUCAGUUGGAAGAGCAGAUGUCGAGAAAAUCGAAGGACCGACAGAUGUUUCUCCAUUUAUUAGGAUGCUUGUAAACACACUGAUUGUAAUAUUGACAUUGGAAGGAUUCUGUUUCAUUUUCAAGUUGUCCUUCGUGCAACGGCAGCCGGUCUGUUAUUUUUGUCCAGUCCACUUAAAGUAUUUUUUGCUUAUGUCAAGACACCAAAAUAAUCCACUGGGUGUUGUAUUGUUUUGUGUUUAGUUCUGCAUGAACUUUGUUUCUAGUCAUUCCAUUCCUGCUCAGCGUGUGGUGUUUUCCCUGAAUACUAUCAUAUUGGGAACUGUGGCAUUACAACAGUGGCUUCUAACCCUGGCUUUUUCUCCUAGCCAUCUAGAUUUUCACUUGUACAAAACAGCACAACAGCAGUACUCUGGAUUGCAAGGAGCAAAAGUUGAAGCCACUUGACUGUAGUCAUUGUACUGGUACAUGGUACCAUUUCAUAUUGAUAACUAAUUUCUUCAAAUAAGAGAUUUAAAAAAACAAAAAAAACAAAACACAUUUGACUAGCGAAUGGAAUGCUUCAAAGGCAGUGUAGUAGAAACUUGGAUUGUGUUGCACCCUGCGGGCCACUUUGUAUAAAUUGGCUGAUUAUCAUUCUAUGGUAAGUGGGAGCUCAUGCAAGACAACCUUAAGUCCUCUUAAAAUUUAAGCCUGCGGCACCUCAACCCGAUUUUAUCAUUCUCUGGGAGUAACAAGCCUUAAGAAUGUGUGGAGAAAGCAAAACCACUCAUAUGCAAAUUGCAGGAACUUUUUUGGUGGGAGAGUAAACAAAGCUGUACAAGAGUUAAGCUAGUUUGCCCAGUGAGCCAACACCCACUUUGGCAUUGUUUGGCAUUGCAUUAUUUUGGUUGAAAGCAUGCCAUCAUGCUUGCGAAAACCAGAUUUUGUUUCUAGUAUACUGCCUUCUGAAAUGCAUGUGUAGAUUUUCAAAAAUAAUUCUCGUCUUCAUAUCCAGUCAGUAGUGAAUUUUAAUAGUAAUGGCAUGAGGUUUCUAUGCUAAAAUAACCACGCUCCUUUUCCACAGCCCUAACAGAAGAUGACAGUCUUCCUUAAGCCAUAUUUGUGCUCUGUUACAUGUUUCUGUAACUGAGGUCAGAUGCAGGAAAAUCAACUUUCUCACCAUUAGUCCCCUUCAGUUACUCAGCUGCUCUGGCCUCUGAUAUGUAGCACUAAUUACUACCACACGUCAAUGAUCCUCUACCUUUUAACUGUCUUAAAGGCGUCUCUCAAGUGGAGACAGGUAACAGGACUGACCUCUGAUUCCGUUUGAGAAAAUGUUUACACUGUAAGGGAGGUGGCCCUGUCCCCGUUGGCCUCACAAGCUGAUCUUGGAUCAGGGUCUGCUAGGGAUACAAAAUGACUGACAUCAGUUUCACGAGGGCAGAUUAUCUCAGGGCUCCAAAUGGAGUGUUAGGAGAUGUGUUAUUAACAGUGUCAGUAGUGAGGAUAAUAAAUGAGAUUAUUUGCAUGGUUUUUAUUUUCAUUCAUUUGUCUUAGAAGUCUUAAUUAUUCUGCUGUUGAAGAAUGUUUGUUUUUCCAUAGUCCUCUCUGGCGCCUCAUCGGAGACCGUCUGCUUUACAUUCUCUCUCUGUCUUUAACUCUGCUUCUUCAUUACUCUUUCAAGAAACAGUGGUUAAUUUGUAUGUUUAGAAUACAGGUACAGUGUAUUACUUUAGAACGGGGAAUAGGUGAGUUAGUCUUGUAUACUGUAUGUUCCUUGUGUGUUCAGAGGAAGGGGGUUAAGGUUAUUUCCCCAGGUUGUGACAGGUCUCUUACUUCCUACGAUGUCAGAUCUGAACAACCUCCAGGGAAAUCUGACCUUGAACCUUCUGGAACAUAAAGAUACAAAAGACUUCUCUCCUCCCUAGUCCAACCAAUGUAUGGCUGCUGUCUUAAAAAAACACAACUGUCUGUUUUUAUUGUGUAGGCAAAAUAAAGUUACUGGCUACAAGAAAUAAA